GGUCCUCCUUACUCGACUUAACAACGUUCAAGUCGAAAACGAGUCAACUUUAUGACCUACUUUUCAAAGGACACUAACACCGAGGGAAUUAAAAUGCCGUUGAAGGGAAUACCAUUUAUCUUAUCUCCAGAUCUGCUACAUGCUUUGUGUUCUAUGGGACAUGGAGAUGAAAUCGUUCUGGCAGAUGCCCACUUCCCUGGUAGUUCCAUAUGCCGCAAUGGACCUAAGGAGUUGAGGGCUGAUGGUCAUGGGAUUCCAGAGCUUCUUGCUGCCAUUUUAAAGGUGUUUCCACUGGAUUCCUAUGUUCCAAAACCUGUUGCUCUGAUGGCUUUGGUACUGUCGGAUAAAGAGAAGAAAUUAGAAGUGCCAGUUUGGGAAAAAUACCAGCUUUUGGUAGAUGCUGCUGCAGGCAAAAAAGUAGAAAUGGAAAAAGUAGAAAGAUUUGAAUUCUAUGAGAGAGCAAAGCGAGCAUUUGCUGUGGUUCAAACAGGGGAAUGUUCCAAGUAUGGAAACAUAAUUUUGAAGAAAGGAUGUGUAGUGGAAUAGAGGAAAUGAAGAAACCAGCAUCAGAAUUUAUGUUCCCAGUGCUACUCUGUGAUGGACACUGCCCAAAGAAUAUAAAUUGUGGUCAUUUGUGUUGUUGGGGUAGCUCCAUUUGAUUUGGCUGUCCACUGUGAUAUUAGUCUCUGGGAGGAAGUGGUGGGGGAGAGCACAAUAAAACUUUGUAAGGUUUUUCUGUCAUUAGACAAAUGUCAUAAUUGAAAAUAUGAUAUUCAAUUUGUCAGGCAAUCAGUCUGUAAUAGAGCGUGGUCCACCAUCUGUUUUUGGGAGUAUGUUUAUGUGAACUAGAAAUAGACCUCAGGAGUGGUAUUAAGUAUAUAUCUUAUAUACAUGUUACCUGAAUAGUCAAUUUAAGAUGCUUUGCAAAUUGCUCAGAAGAAAAAAAAGCUGUCUUUGCCAUUGCUGGUUGAUAUUUAUAUGUACCAAGCGAGAUUUAUAUUUAUAUUCCAGCUGUCAGAGAUGCACAUUCAAAUUAUUUUGUUAUAAUUUUACAUGCAAUAAGGCAAACUUAAUAGAAUGAAUGAGUAAAUCAUUUUCAUUUAUUUGGGGUGGAAAAAAUGGGAUACAAUUAUCUUUACUUUUCUUGUGAAUUAACACCUGGAAACUGGAUAAUAAACUGUACUGCAAUAUA